AGCUGUGUUGUUCAGUUUACUAUGAAACUUUGUGUGUUUACGUUGUUUUAUUUAGUAUAUGUUAAUUAAUUUAAUUAAUAUUAAAUAAUGCUUGCUUUAUUUAUAAUAAGUAAGAAAAGAAUAGAAUCAAGUGCCGUGUAAAAAUGCGAUUAAUUGUUUAACAUCCUUGAGUGAAGAGUCAUUAGUCACCCUAAUUAAAUAGAUUUAGUAGACUGAGCUUCAAGGCUGUCGUUGAAAUUCUUUGAGAAUAUUAUGACAGUAACGAAACCAUAAUGGUCGAGGAUAAUGAUCAAAGUUACGAGAGGAACGCAAAUAAAAGCGUUCUUUUAAAAAUUGUGAUCCUCGGCGACGGAGGCGUUGGUAAAUCAUGUUUAAUGAGUAGAUUUAUAUCGAAUCACUUCGACGACCACAACUUUCAUACGAUAGGUGUUGAGUUCAUGAACAAAAUGAUAGAAGUCGGAGGCAAACAAUAUACUUUACAGAUCUGGGACACAGCUGGACAGGAAAGAUUCAAGUCUCUCCGGACUCCAUUCUACAGAGGAACGGACAUUUGUAUAUUAGCAUACGCCAUAGACGACAGGAGUUCUUUCAACAAUAUUAAAACAUGGCUGAAUGAGUUUCUUAAUUACGCUGGCGUCAAAAAUGGAAUCGAGAAAUUCCCUUUCAUAGUUGUUGGAAAUAAGUCAGAUGUAUCAUCCAAGGAUAGGGAGGUACCAUACGAACAAUUGAAGCAGUGGUGUGAAGAAAAUAAAAUAUCGACAUAUCUGGAGACCUCCGCUAAGACAGACAAUAAUGUUCUCGAAGCAUUCUCAUUAUCGGUGCAAAGAUGGGCUGAUCUAGAACAGAAGGCAGAAAAAGAACUCCGGAUGUACCACCAUCCGGACACCGUCACAUUGCAUGGAUCCAACAAUGUGUCCGGCUUCAGAGCAACCUGUUGUUCGCGAUUCACUAGUUUGUGAGUUUACCUUAUAUGUGCGGUUGUUUCGUAUUACAUAAAACAAAUAUUUCUCAUACUACCAUAUUUGCCUAAAAGUAAUCUCCGGUCAACUGAAAUGAAAGAAAUAAGAGCUGAUGAGGUUGAUGAUGAAAAAUUUAUACCCGCCAUUUUUAUCACCAAAUAUAUAAAGCUGUGUCAUAAUAUUAAAAAAUAUCUGUUAAUUUAUAUUUAACUGUAUAAGGGUUAAUGCACAUGCUCGUCGGUAACCACCGUCAGUAAUUAUCUGCUUAUGAAAGCAUAUUGUUGAAGAUGCUCGUUUGAAAUUCAUGCAUUCUGCUCUUUGACAUAAAGCAAGUACAUUUUAUAUAUUUGCUGAGAUUUAAAAAUAAUUUAUUAGGAAAUAUAAAAAUACAUACUUUAAUCAUGUGUUGGUAUCUUAUGUAUGAUAUAUAUAUAUAUAUAUAUAUAUGUUGUUGACUCUGUUACCAAACAUUGUCAAAAUUUUCACUAGAUACGUUAUUUAACAGUUGUAAGCAAGUCUCAGCCAACACGAUGAUUUUAAAGUCACUUUAAGUUUAUAUGUAUUUAUAAUUAUUUAACACAUGUUUUCCUAAAAUAACUCACAGAAUAUCAUGUGUGUGCUGGAAUAAUAGUAACGUUUUCAAAAUUAUAAAAAUAAAAAAUAAAUGUUUUGAAUUGUUAAAGUAUUCUAAAUGGUUCAAAAAGAUCACAUGGAAAUUGUUAAAUGAAAUUCUAGCGUUUUCAUUUUAAAUAUUAAUUACGUAGUAUAGUUAUAGUGCAUUUAUUUUUAGUAUAUUUUAUAUGCAUUUGCUGUUGUUAAAAAACAUCCGUCCAUGUAACCACCGCCUAACGGUCAUGCCAUCUUCAUAUAUAUGUACAUAGCCUUAACAUAUCAGUACUGACCUAACUAAUGUUUACCUGUAUAUAUCAUUGAAGUUUUUAAUGGGCUCUUGAAAUAAGAAAUUUAAUAGUAAACUAUAUAUAACUAUAUAUUUACAAAUGGAAUAAGAUCUGAUAAUAAUGAAUUGGUUCAAAAAUUUGAUCCUUUCCAUACCUUUUUUUUUAUUCUUAAAUUUUAAACUCAAUUUUAUUCAGAUGUAAUUCUAUUACCAUUGUUAAACAUUCCAUCUUUUUGUGUACAAAUUACCAACAUAUACCAAAGAUUGUUUUUUUUUGAUGAAGAAUUACUAAUUUUAUUUAUCUGCGAUGUAUUUUGGUUGUGAAAAUUUUUAUCUUUUACUUUCUUGUAUGGAUUUGAAAUUAUCUACAGAUAUUUGUAGCUUAUAGAGAAAACCAUUUGAGGAUUUUAGUAUAGUUCCCAAUAAAGAAAUAAAAUGGUUUCCGUUUAAUGAUUACGGCUAUAUUAACACUUUAGGUAUACUUAUUUGUUAAGGAAAUUUAUUUAGUUAGUUGUCAGUGUAUUUAAUACUUAAAAACCUUGAGAACAUUUGGCUUGUUUGAAGGUCACAACUAAAGGAAUGAGUGACCUACUUGAACAUUCUGUUUGUUAAGGUUUCAUUCAUUUCAUACAAUUUAAUUCGUUAAGACUCGUUGAACAAUUAUAAUUGUUUAGACAUUGUUUAUAAUCUGUCAAUGUAGUGUUGCAUAACCGUCAAUAUUCUGACUAUCGAUAGUUGACUUCGAAAACUAAUCAGAAUAUCGAUAGUGCUGUCUUUAGUAUCGCCACAUGUUGAUCUAUCGAUAGUCUCGAUAACACUUUAUAAACAAUACUUUUAAGUAAUACAUAAAUAAUGCUUGCAUCGAUAAUAUGGGUAUUUCUAAACUAUCAGUUAUCAGGGAUUAUUCGGUAGUAUUGCAUGUAAACUCAAAGUGAUGCAUAGAAAAAAACUAAAAUAGAGUUUACUCGUAUUUAUUGACACGUGACAAUACUUUCGAUAGAUUAUAGUAACUAUCGAUUUUGCCUUAUCUAUCGAUUUAAUUUUGAUAGACAAUCGAUAGUGAACUAUCGAUAUGCAACACUGAUUCAACCGACAUUAGACAAUCGGUUCAUACAUUAUUUUUUUACUUUUGUUCUAUUCAUUCCUCGUUUUAACUAUUCACUAAGUGCCUAGUUACAGUGGCUCCGAGAUUUAAAACAAAAUAUAGCAUGAAUAAAAAAAAACAAUUGUCAUUCUAAUUAGGAUAUAAUAACUAAAUUAUACUAGAAUUAUCUUAAAUAGCACAUACAUAUUAUGUUAUAUUAUAUAUAUGUAAAAUCUCUUAAAUGUUAUUUUGAUGUAUGUAAGUACAUUAAUUAUAAAGCGACCUACCUCUUGUAUAGUGAUAAAAGCAACGAUAUUAUUAAAUAACAGGAACUUGUUUCUUUAAUCUAAAGUACGUGUUUAACAAAAAUAUUCGUGAUGUAAUUCGUAUUUACUAAAAGGUAAAGAUUUCCAUACAAACCAUGCAUUGUUUUGAUAACGAUACAUUAUGCAAUACGAAUACUAACUUCAUUGUGAAUUGUUUUUGUCUCAUUGACUUUUAAGGUACCUAUAUCUAACUAAAGCGCGUCUUAAUUCAAAACAGUUCACUAGCUUGUUAUUCGAUUACUGAGAAACAUAUUAACCUAUUUCUUGUUAUUACAAUAAGGAAUAUAUAUUUUUUUUACUUUUUUUUUAUGCGAUCAAUUUUUAAUAUUUAAGAUCGAAAUAAAGUACUAAGGUAUUUUAUUUCAUACCUUAAAAUGUCUUUUGGUACCAUAUAUAUAAUCAUCAAAAUAAAAACUUAAUUCAUGUGGAUGUACAGCAAGUAGACAUAAUUCUGAAUAACUUUAUAAAUGCCACCGGCCUUUAAAAACAUUUGUAAUAGAUGAUAAAAUCACAGGUUGCCUAUAAACAGACAGGUAUAAACUUUAGUGUAACUUGUAAGAGCACGCCGCGUACACCUUAUAGAUACAUAACAAGCAAAUAAAAGGUAUUAUAUAUAGAGUACAUAGAAGUAAGGUAGCGAGCACCGCAAAGAUAUGCACUCAUCCUAGUGUAACAUUACUUGGGAUUGUAUAAAUAAGCUGUGAUUAAAAUAUGUUGAGGGAUCAAUAA